CAGAAGCGCCAACAAAAUUUACAGAAGGAUGUCUUCCACUUUACUUUAUGCUGUUAUUUUGCUGGCUUGUGCCUUGACAUUUAGUGCUGCUCAGACAAGCUGCAAAGGACGAUGUGGUUCUGAGUACUACAGGGGUUUCAUGUGCCAGUGUGAUUAUAGCUGCCUGACUCAUGGAGAGUGCUGCAAAGACUUUGAAUCUCAAUGCACCACAGAAAACUCAUGUAAAGGGCGGUGCGGAGAAAACUUCAAAAGAGGCCGGCUGUGUAGCUGCGACUCUGAUUGCAUGAAGUACAAGCAGUGCUGUCCAGAUUACAAGAGCCACUGUGAUGCAGAAGAAGAAAUCAAUGGAGCAGCCAGUGCACCAGCACCAGUGAAGACAAUUUCAUGCAAUAAUGUAAAUGAUAACAAGCCCAAAGAGCUGACUUUGAAUGAAGCAACAGAGCAGGAUUCUACUUUCAGCAAGGGAAACAAUGCAGAUGACCAUUUAAUUCCAAUGGUCAGUCCAACAUCAUAUCCGCAAGAUGUUGAUGAUAUGUACGGCCAGAUUUUUCCCAAUGAUGGAUUUUCCAACAAGGAAGUGGAGGACCCAGAGGCAAGUCCAAUCCCAGAGAGCACCAGCGGAUAUGGAUCAUCUACAGCUGACCUUCUGGAUCGAAUUUCUACUGAACCCACCCACGAUCCAGAAACUAUGGAGUUCAGUACAAAGACAUUUACAGUCGUCUCUCUGACACAGAUGACUCUCUCACAUAAUGAACUGACACAGACAGAUGACAGCCCCUCCACCAAGAGCAAAGAUGCUACAACCAGCUCACCUGACCCAGGAACAACUCUCCCUCAGGCCACAACAGCAGCUUAUUUUGUCUCCAGCCAGCCUAUUACAACCUCAGUACCCCAAACAGAGGCUUCUCCUACAGCCAACACCCCAGAGCUUGAGACGGUAGGGCAGGCAGAAAUACAGCCUGAGGAUGACAUUUUUCCUAAGGCACAGAAUACUGAGCCGACUGGAGCCUCCACUGAUAAACCAGAGGUUACAACCCUACCGUCCACCAUAGUCCCCUACCCACCUGUGGCUUCAGUGUCCACAGGACCCACACAGGUCUCCUCCACAGUCCUGGAAAACUCUCUGGUCACCACUCUCCCUGCCUCAUCAAUGCCAGACCUGACACCCAUCCCAGAGGCAACGACUUCAAACCCUGAACCAGAUGAUACUCAGAACAAUGCAGAGGAUGUCACAACAGAUCCUUCCAGAGUUACCCCAGAGGGGUCUGGGAACCUGUCAGAGCUUGAUGUCCCGACGACACACAUUCCCUCAUCCACAGAAGCAGUACAGGAUGGCAUUGCAGAUGACGUUACACCAGGAGUUACCACUGCUGAUCCUCUAAAUGUCACUCCAGACCCAACCAAACCCACACCAUAUGAAGCCACCACAAAACCACAGGUCAAACCUGACCCAUACAAGCCAAACCCAGCUAAACCCAGCUCCAAACCUGGGACUAAGCCUCUGGACACUGCACAAACUCUCAUCAUAGAUGAUCCUAGAAACUACCAAGGAGAUGAAAACAACGAUACAAAUCUGUGUAGUGGGCGGCCGGUCAGUGCAGUCACUACGCUGAGGAACGGCACAAUGGUGGUUUUCAGAGGGCACUACUUUUGGUUUCUGGACAGAAACAGGGCGCCUGGUCAGGCCCGUGGCAUCACACAGGUGUGGGGCGUCCCUUCACCCAUUGACACUGUGUUUACCCGUUGCAACUGCCAGGGAAAAACAUACAUUUUCAAGGGAGUCCAGUACUGGAGAUUUGAAAAUGAUGUUUUGGACCCCGACUAUCCAAAGGUCAUUGAAACAGGCUUUGAUGGGCUUCGGGGCCACAUUACAGCUGCCCUGUCCGUGCCUCAGUACCAGAGGAGGAGAGAAUCAGUUUACUUCUUCAAGAGAGGUGGACAGGUCCAGAAAUAUUCAUACCAGUUUGGCACCAGCCCAACAUGUUCCAGGAAACCCCAGUACGCCAAUUACACAGGCCGCAACAGAAUGGUUCGACAAGCAGUGUCUCUUCUAGGGCCAACUGUCAACAUUCGGACGUCUUGGGAAGGUUUCCCCUCCACCAUCACAGCUGCUGUAUCCAUGCCUAACAAAAGAGAACCAGAGGGAUACAAAUACGUCGUCUUCUCCAGAUCCAAAUCCUACAACGUGAGGAUGGAUAGUGAACGUCCUGUGAUUGCUGCUCCUGCAACCAACGCUUCACCUCAGAGCAGCGACUUAUUUAAAUGCACAAAGAAAGUCUGAGAAAAUAAAGUGGUGUUUCAAAGUUUAUUACAUUCAUCAUAAAACUCACUGCUUCAGCAUGGACUGAUUACAAAAAGGUACUUUACAAGCACAUUAAAAAACUAAAGCAAAACAAAAAACAACAGGGUUCAGAACAAGUGAACAUUAUCAAGGCUGAAUACAGAAUCUGAACACUAGAAAAUGUCUUAUGUGUUUCUGAUGGGAACGGCAAGUUCUCCAGUCACCGACCAGUUUUCUCAUUAGUGCUUCAUCUCGCAAAUCGCCUCCCAUGUACACCCCGAGGAGGAAAUCCCUGACCUGUUGAGAUAUAAAUGUGCUGUUUUUUUAAACAAGCCUUAAACAAGCUUUAAUGAUGUCAAAUUCUGUACAGUGAAAUUAUGAAAUCUGUAUGAAAUUUAAAAGAAUGAUUCUGUAUUUGCUGUUAUUCUUCUAAUCAUUAAACUGAAAUAUAAUAAAACAAACACAUAUUUAA